AUGCCCUCACUUAGAUUUCUGGCAUAUGAACUAGAGACAGUCCCUGUUGCCAGGCAUGCUUACCAGGAGUGGGGGAAGGGGAGGGGAAGCUGGCUGAUGGCAGGGCCUGGCUGGGGCUGUGAUCAUGGAACUGGUGUAGGGUCCUGGAGGAGGGAGGCCCCAGAAGCAUGGACCCCCUGCAAGGACUGCCCAGUGGGGCUUCUCUCUGCUACUCCUCCCCAACACCUCUUCCUUCCUGUUGAGGUUGCCUGUUCUGCCCUGAGUUUUGCCCAGAUAAUAGACUAUCAGGAGUCUGUCCCCACCAGCUAUGUGACUCUGGGUCAGGGCCUGCCUUUAUCUGGGUCUAACUGCCCCUAA